AUAAAUUUUGCACUUCAUUGCUUCCAUUUUAGCUCCAUCACCCUUUGACCCUCUUCUUCAUAUCAUUCACUCAUGGACAAAUCUCCACCAAAAUCUUUCAUCAAGGCUAAAGAUGGCGUUAGAGACCGAGUUUCAGAGAAGACGGAGAGAGUUCGGACUCCUCAAAAGGUUGUUGUGAAAGAGAACACUAAGAAGCCUCAAGAUUUCAAGUUGCAUACGCAAGAAAGAGCAGUAAAACGGGCGAUGUUUAAUUACUCGAUAGCAACAAAGUUAUACGUGACAGAGCUACAAAAGAAAGUGGAAGAAAAGUUGCACAAGAUGAUAGAAGAGGAAGAGGUUCGGUUGAUGAGAAAGGAGAUGAUUCCAAGAGCUCAGCUCAUGCCCUACUUUGAUAGACCCUACUUUCCUCAAAGAUCAAAUCGACCUUUGACGAUCCCGAGAGAGCCGAGUUUCUUGAUAAACAAGGAGCAAUGGAGCUGCAACGGUGACAGUGAAGUUUACAGCUUUCAGAGACAAACUUUGAAACCAAUCAAAUAAACUAUAUCAUUUGUAAAACCAUGUGUUUAUGAUUGUGUUUGUAUAAUUUAGUCAUAGACAAAGGGGAGAGUGAUGUUUUUGAUGUAGAGAGAAGCAUUUUCGCUUCAUGACUUGUUCUUUCAAAUUCGUCCAAAUAAAAUGAAACUAUCAAUCUUUAAAAC